AGCCGGGACCAGGCCGCGCGGCCCGCCGCCGUGUCUCCCGCCCCCUUCCACCGAGGGGGGCGGGCCACGCGGCCAGCACGGCGCGCCCGACGAUGUGCCGGCCGCCAUGCAGUCGGAGCCGCGAGGCGACGCGGCGGACCCGGAGGCUGCCUCGGCAGCGGCGGCGCAGGUGCCCGAGAUCCCGAUCACUCGGCACCCGGCGGUCUACUUUGUGCUCGUCUCCCCGCACCCGGGGCGGCACGCGGAGCUCCUCCGGCUGCUGCAGAGGAAGAUCGUGGGCCCGCUCAUCGGCCGCAGGAUCCUGUCGGAGUUCCGCGUGCUCACGGUCACUCCGCCGUCCUUCUCGGACGACAGCUCGCCCACGGUGGUGGUCUUCGAGCUGGUGGUGCCGCUGCCCUGGCCGGUCACCAACUGGGACGUCGAGGAGUGGCAGCGGCGGCUCGGGAACGACGCGCGCCUCGUGGUGGCGCCGGCCUCCGCGCCGCAGAGGGCGGAGGCGUGGGACGCGCACAGGGCCAGGUCGGCUCUGACGCGCGCCAUGGUGCUGCCACCCGCGCGACUGGCACCGCACGCUGCCGCCCCCAGGCCGGGCGGCGCCUCCUGGCUCGCCGCCUGCGUGGACAGCAGGCGGGGCGACCGCGAGGAGCAGUGCCUCCUCGAGGCGCUGCGGCCGGAGCCGGACCUGCCCCGGCCCUCGCUGAGCGUCGUCGACGCGACGACGUCGCGUGCCCACGCAGCCGCGCUCCACGCUCCUGAGCCCGCGGGUGGCCCGGGAGCUGUCGCGGCACCUGCCCGGCGUCCUCCGGUGGCGCCACGCCUGGAGGCUUGUCUACUCUCCGCGGUUCCACGGCGUCUCCAUGCAGACGUUCCACCGCGCCAUGCGGAGCGAGGGCCCAUCUCUGCUGAUCUUGACCACAACGGGAGAGCGUUCGGCGGCUUCGCGCCCGUGGCGUGGCACGCGUCGGACCGCUACUUCGGAGACGGGGAGACGUUCGUUUUCCGCCUCAGGGAUCCGCUCCCGAAGCCGGUGGUCCCCCUGAUCGACCAGGCCAAGCUCCUCGAGCUCGUCCAGGGCGGGCCCGCUCCGGACGGCGGCGGCUCGCGGCGCACGGACGGCAAGAUUGCGGAAGAGGCCAUGCAACGCGCCGUGCAGCUGCUGAGCGACUGGCACCUGCGGGUGCGCGCGGAGGCAGAGAGGGCAGACCGCGCCGCGCUCGAGGGGAAUUCGGUGACGUCCAUGACCGAGGCCCUGGACGAGGUGUUGGGACACGACGGCGCGGGGGCAGGCAGCGAGGACAACUGCGCGCGUUCUCCGAGAGACGCCGCGACGAGCAGGCAGCGCCGUCGCCGUGCCAACCUGCAACACUGCUACACGGCUACCCCGGUCGCGGUGAAGGAUGUCCUCGUGCGCACCGAGAGCAGCAGCAGCGGCAACAGCGGCGGCGCCACGCCAGACACCGAUGGGGAGGAGCACGAGCUGGACGGCGAUGCGGGGCUGGAGGUCUUCCACUGGUCGGGUGAGGACCCAUUUUUCCUCUUCUCCGACAUGGAGUGUCUGGCCUUUGGUGGUGGCUCUGCCUUUGCGCUCUACGUCGAGAGCGAUUUGCUGCACGGCAUGAGCGAGGAAUCCUCCACCUUCCAGUCCGACAUGCUGUCUUCGGAGAAGGACUUCGUCAUUGCCAACUUGGAGUGCUGGGUCUUUGACGACCCGUCCGAGGUUGCGUGAGUCCCGCGCGUUCGAGCCCAGCAGGAGGUAUUCGGCGCUGAUGUUUGGCAGCCGCGCGACCCCGCACCUGGCCACUGACAGUGACGGCGGCGUGCUGCCCACGGAGGACGACGAGAGACCGCGUGGUGGAACGGCACGGCAGAGCGCGGCGGUGGCACGGAAUGGCACGUGCAGAACCGCGAGGCACGCGCCGAAAACAUGGGCCAGUUGUGCACGUCUCGGGCGCCUGUGCAGUGCGCAGUAAGCACCUGCGGGGAAGCGGCCCGCAGAUGUGGCAUCUUGGCAUGUCGUGG